AACAUCAAGUACCAUUAAGUUUCAUCGAAAUUAUUGCUAAGAUGGAAGAAAAGUGUCGUCCUCAAUGUAAAAUUGGUCCUUCCAUACUUAAUGCUGAUCUUUCACGUUUAACUGAAGAAUCCCAAAAACUUCUUGCAGAUGGUGCAGACUAUUUGCAUUUAGAUGUUAUGGAUGGUCAUUUUGUUCCAAACUUGACGUUUGGUGCUCCUUUGGUCAAAUGUUUGCGCAAAAUUCCAAAUGUAUUUUUUGACGUACAUAUGAUGGUAUCCAAUCCUGAAAAGUGGAUAAAAGAUAUUUCUGACGCUGGAGCUAAUCAAUACAUAUUUCACGUAGAAGCGACAGAAAAGCCUCUUGAACUAAUUCAAAUUAUUAAAGAUGCCGGAAUGAAGGUUGGUAUGGCAAUUAAACCUGGAACGCCUGUAGAAAGUGUGUUGCCUUUUGUCGAUCUUCUCGACACAGUUUUAAUUAUGACCGUUGAACCUGGCUUUGGUGGACAAAAGUUUAUGACUAGCAUGAUGCCGAAAGUAAGUCUUUUGCGUAAAAAAUAUAAAUCAUUAGAUAUUGAGGUCGAUGGUGGUGUUGGACCAAGCACAAUUGAUAUUGCUGCAGAAGCUGGAGCAAACAUGAUCGUUUCAGGAAGUGCUAUUGUUGGAAGCAAGGAACCAGAUCGCGUUAUCGCCGUCUUAAAGGAAAGUGUAAAUAAAUGGAUAAGUAUCAACUGGUCAAAAACUUGACGACCAUCAAACUAAAACGAAAAAUUCGAAUCGAGAGUUUUACUGUAGAAAAAUAGACCUUUAUUUUUGAGAAUGCUUAUGUAUUUGAAUGAUAUUACAGUUAGUUUUGCAAACUCUUUUGAAGGUGGACGAUGAAAUAUGAAUUAAACUAAAUAACUUUGCUAAAUUCAUAGAAUAAUCACAUGAACAGUAAAAUAUUACCAAAAUAAUUUUGACUUCAGGAAUUCAGUAACGAAUAUAAGAAUUGUCAAGUGAACUGUUAAACACGAUAGUUUUGUUGCUCAAAAACGUAACCCCAGUAAUGCAUUAACCAUCCAUUUAUUUAACUGCGAAGUUCCAUUAUUACUAUUUAUAAUAUUUUUUUACUUUAUAGAAUUACAUUAGUUUAAACUCGUCA